AUGGAGCCGCCCUGGGAGAUCGAGCUGGAGCUGAGGAGGCACAUCGAGACCUGUGCCUGCACGUGCGACCACAUGGGCUACGGGAACUACAUGGACUACCAGGUGGCGCCCGCUCACGCCUGCCUGUGCCGCGCGAUCACGUCUCCUCACGCCCACGCGGCUGUACCAGAGGGCAUGACAUUUCCUGGUUCGUUGCCAGAUGUGGCGGAAAGAUGCGGUCGCUGGGCGCCAGAUUCAUUAUCAGCAUCCGCAUCUGGGAGCUCUGACGAAAAGCCAACGCCGCGUCGACCGCGGUGGCGUAUUGCACUCGCUGCUCUCGUUGUAUUGGCCGCCCUCGGCGCUGCACUAGCCCUCCCCCUCGCCCUGGGAGGCGGCGGUCGUGCUACCCCUGAACAGCGAUUAACAACUAUACGGAGAAUGUUACGCGAUUCUCCACUAAUAGACGGUCAUAAUGAUCUAGCGUGGAAUGUUAGAAAAUUUCUUCAUAAUAAAAUAGGUGACUUUAAUUUGAGUGCUGGCUUGGAGGGCUUGGAGCCGUGGGCCCGAUCGCGCUGGUCGCACACGGAUAUACCGCGGCUACGACUCGGUCAGAUUGGGGCACAGUUUUGGUCAGCAUACGUUCCAUGUGGUGCGCGGGACAAAGACGCUGUGCAGUUGGCCAUCGAACAAAUGGAUGUCAUCAAACGGAUAGUUGAUAUGAACGCAGCUCAUCUUGCUUUGGUCACGGGUGCGUCGGACCUCUUAGACGCGCAUCGGGACGGUCGGAUUGCUUCUUUGAUCGGAGUUGAAGGCGGCCAUGCACUCGGUGAUUCCCUAGCGGUGCUUCGCGCGUUUUAUAACCUAGGUGCUCGAUAUCUUACUGUUACUCAUACAUGUGAUACGCGAUGGGCGCGUGCCGCUGGCACCUCUGGUGGGCUCACUGAGUUCGGACGCGCCGUUGUUCGAGAAAUGAAUCGUCUCGGUAUGAUAGUUGAUCUGUCGCAUGCAGGUGAAGAGACGGCCCGCGACGCUCUCGAAACUUCACAGGCACCCGUAGUGUUCUCUCAUUCUGGAGCAGCAGCAAUAUGUAAUUCUUCUAGAAAUGUGCCAGAUGAUCUGCUUCGAAUGAUCGCUGCGAAUGGUGGUGUAGUUAUGAUUAAUUUCUAUGCUAAACUUGUAACAUGCAGCGAGCGAGCGACCAUCGAAGAUGUUAUUGCACACAUAAACCAUGUGCGAAGGGUAGCCGGUGUGGAGCACGUAGGUCUGGGAGCUGGUUAUGAUGGUAUAGACGCACCACCCGUGGGUUUAGAGGAUGUCUCGCGCUAUCCUCACCUGUUAGCCGAGUUACUUCGCGAUCCCGAUUGGAGUGAAGAAGACGUCCGUAAGCUGGCUGGUAUGAACGUCGUCCGCGUACUGCAGCACGUGGAGCGCGUGCGUGAUCAAUGGAAGCGUGCCGCCGUUUUUCCUGGCGAAGAAACACCUGGUGCGCGUCGCAGCGAGUGCGUGUACGGAACCGCAUUUAAUAAAAGGAUAUAA